AAGAGCUCAGUCGUGGUCGAUACUGAAGUCGAGACAACAGCGAAUGUUGGACGUCUUACGAUAGAAGAAUUGAAGAAGGCUCAAGAUGACAUCCUUCGACGUGUGCAACUAACUGCGUUCCCAGAAGAAUUGAAGAUACUCACGGUUGCUGAACGUGCUAAGAAACCGGAUAAAGUAUUCCUCCGGAAGACAGGAAUGUCACUUCGACAGUUGAAUCCACAAUUAGAAUACGGAUUGUUAAGAGUUGGCGGUAGACUCGUUAACGCGCCAAUCGAUGGUGAUUUAAAGCAUCCGAUUAUUUUGCCCUUCAAACAUCCAGUUACAGAAAUGGUAAUUCGCCAGAACCAAUGAUAAGAGAAUAUUUACCAAGCUUACUGGAAAGAAAGAAGUGGAAUGUUCCAAGAAGAAACUUAAAGAUAGGAGAUUUGGUGCUCAUAGCGGAUGAAAACUACUCAAGAGGACAAUGGCCAUUGGCACUGGUGACGGAUGUUAUGCCGAGUAAAGACGGUUAUGUACGCACAGUGAAAGUAAAAACCAGUUCGAUAGUAUCAACCCGAGCGAAACACCGAAGAAGGGGAGAGAACAAGAUCAAUACAACGAUACUAACACGUCCUGCGGCGAAGUUGUGUUUGCUUGAAAUGGACGGAGA